GGGGGGAGGGGGGAGGAGGUCAGGCCGAAUCUUCCUCCGUAAUAAGAACCUACGCGUCCCGCGGUCCUGGCUCCGUGGGUCCUGUCGGAUCGGCCCUGGGCGCGGGAGCUGCUGUGGCUCCCGCCGCGGCGGGUGCGAUGGAGGCCGUGCCGGCGCCCAGCACUCAUGCCUGGAACGGCCGAGACAGCCGGCGGUGCUAGUAGAUGAGGCGGCGGGGGCGGCGGCGGCAGCGGCGGCGGCAGCGGCAGCGGCAGCACGGGCUCUCCAUGAGCAAGCGGCGGCGGCGACGGGUGCGGCGGCACCGGCGGUUUUCGGUCCCCGGGGAGGAUGAAGACACUGUUUGAAGAGAUCAAAGCAUCAAUUAAAAAUAACUAUAACCAAGAUCGCUCAUUUUGGAGGCCUGUUCUUCCUUGGGGAGGUGUUUUUACUAUCAAAGCUGGCCGCAAAGCAGUAUCCUGUACACCACUCUAUGUCGAAAUAAGACUGAAAAAUACCUGCACCAUAGAUGGAUUCUUGAUGUUACUAUAUGUCAUUCUUAAUGAAAAUGAAAAUUUUCCCAGGGAACUCUCUCUUCACUUAGGCAGAGAGUUUGUAGACUGCUUUCUUUAUUUAAUGGACACCUACAGUUUUACAACUGUGAAGCUGCUUUGGAUUUGGGACAAGAUGGAAAAACAGCAAUACAAAUCUGAAGUUCAUAAAGCUUCAUUAAUAAUUGAUUUGUUUGGGAAUGAACAUGAUAAUUUUACAAAAAAUCUUGAAAAUCUCAUGUCUACCAUACAAGAGAGUUACUGUUCCAACUGGCGAUGCCCAACUCGAGUGCAAGAAGAUCAGCAGCGCACAAUUAAUAUAAAUCCUCCCCAAGAAAUUCCACAUGGGAACUUAAUACGACUGGCUGUGGAUGAGUUAUUCUGUUCCAGGAUUGAACUGUGUGAAGAGCAUGGGUACAAUAAAACCUUGGUUAACCAUAACCCAGCUAAUCGGGACCCUCAUUUAACUGGAUAUUUUCAGCACUCUCCAUUUAGGAGAAAGAGGUGUGGUGGCUUAAGAGAAUUUUCCCAACGAGUUUUCUGCCACGGGGCACCCCCUUUUGUUGUCUUAAAUAUGCAGCAUUGGAAAUCUGAAGAUCUAGCAUAUGUACCUUAUAACUUGGAUUUAUCUGAUCACAAGUAUUUGUUGGAAGGUGCCACAUUAUUUAACAAAGAGGAACAUCAUUAUUCUGCAGCUUUCCAGAUUGAUGGACAUUGGAUGCACUAUGAUGGCCUCAGAAAUGUGAAUUUAAUUUUGUUAAAUAAACCCCCAGAGUUUCUCCUCUUGUCAUCAUUAGUUUAUAUUCGAUCAACAGAGAAAUAAAUAUAGACUGAUGCUAAAUGAAAUUGUUUUCCCUCCUGCCCAUGCUCUGCAAGAUGAAGGGUUUUGUGUGUACUUGGUAUCCAAGGAAAUAGUUCAACUAUACUAGUUUCAGAGAUGUAUUUUCCAGUGUUUAUCCCCAGGUAAAUGUUUUAUAUAGCGAAUCUAUGCAAAAACAUUGACAUUUCCUUUUUCUAUAUCCUGGGUUAUUUUUAUACAAGCAUAUUUUAUGUUGAAAUGAAAUAUAUCUUAUAGCCUUUGUAUUUUUUAUUUAUAUGUACCUCAGAGAUUUUUUACAAUUCUGCCCUUGAAUGCAAGAAAAUACUUUGUCAGUUGAAUUCUCAAUUUCUUUUUUUUUUUUAAUGGACAUCCAAAUUAAACCUGGGUACAAGUCAGUGUUUCAGUUUAUAUAAAUUGAACAGUUCAAAACGUAUCUGACUGUAUUUCUUUGCCCUACCUCGCUGUAACUCAAAGUGCACUGUUGGAUCUAGUAUGUAUUUGAAUGUACAAGCUUUAUAGAUGGCUUAGUGUAUUUUACUUGUUGUUUUGCCUAAUUUCCCUGAAGCAAUUUAAAAAAAUUUUUGGUGAGAAUGUUUUUCUGUGCUUGAAUUAUUUCUUUAUAAUGACAGAUUCUUUUAACCACUUGCUGAAGAAUUAUUAACAGCAGAUUUUAAGUUUUAACUAAGUUCCUAAACUUAAAGUUUUUAUUACAAAUAAGUUAUAUAACUAAUCUGAACAUUUAUCUCAUAAUUAAAUGUAAUGGAAAUUUUCCAAUAAAAAAAAUUAUUUUGCAGGUAAGACACCUAUAAAAAAAAUAAGGCAACUGGAUGUUUACUAAUGUUGGAUUUACAAUAGAAAUGUACUUUAAACAUAUACUUAGGAGGAAAUGGGUACCUGAGAAUAUUUCUUUUCUUAGUAAGUCAUAUUGGCACAGAGAAACAAAAACUUAAAUUUUUGGAGUAACAUCUCCUGGUUCCUUUGUAAGUAGUAAAUUGGCAGCAUGAGGUUUUGAUUUGCAAUAGAAAUCACUAGAAUUUUAUAGUUAUCAGAAUAUUGUUUCUUUUCAAAGAUCCUAAGAUCUCUCUUCUUUUUGUAAUUUAAAGGAAAAAAUUAAGUACUAUUCUCAAGGGAAAAUACUUUUUGUAUCACCAUUUUUUUAGUGUUUACAUUUCAACAGACAAUCCACCUUAGGUUUUCGGUUGAAAUUGAACUCAGUACAUUUGGAGAUUUCUACAUGACACCACAGUUCACUGCCAUACACCAAAUUUCUAAGGUUUAACUCAAUAAAUUAAGUCUUACGUUCGCUUGGUGCCAUAUUGAGACAACUUACUGAAGAAUGGAUAAAUGUUAAGUGAAACGUUGCUGAGAACGCCUCACUUUGAGCAAAUAUUAUGAAAAUUCCUUUUUUACGUAAGAUUUAAAAAUAGUGAUUUAUUUUACAAAAACAUCCCAUAUCGCCAGGAUUUGUUUAAAUAGUUUCCCACGUGUAUUUAAAUAGGAUUUGAUUUACAGUGAACUUUUUCUGGGGAACACCUUAUCGCAUGAAUCAAGAUAUAAAAAAACAAAUACUAGCAUAUACAUAAAUGGUAUCAUUAACAAAAUUAUUCCUAAUGCAUAUUUAUUUUUUUUAGAAAUUGUACUUUAUUUGAAAUACCUGUUUAUCACAAAACAAUGACUUACCUACCUCACAGGGUUGUUGUGAGGAUUUAAAUGUUAAAAUCUUGACUACCUUGA